ACGUUAGUAGCUCCUUCAUGCGCACCACCAGCAGCACCAGCACCAGCACCAGCACGACCAGCAGCAGCAGCAGCAGCAGACAGUAACUGUAAAGAUGGCGGCCGGUUCAGGGGCUGCUAGCGGGCGCGGAGCUCGCAGCUCCAACUCCGGUCUGGAAGCGUCUCUGGACCGACGGUUUCAAGGAGUAUCCAACACCAUGGAGUCAAUACAGGGACUGUCCAACUGGUGCAUUGAAAACAAGAAGCACCACGGCAUUAUCGUGCGCCACUGGAUGAAGUGGCUCAAGAAAUCUGACAACAAUCACCGCUUGAAUCUCUUCUUCCUUGCCAAUGAUGUGAUACAGAACUGCAAGAGAAAGAACGCCAUUGUCUUUCGUUCAGCCUUCGCAGAAGUCCUUCCUAAUGCUACUCAGUUCAUCAGAGAUGGGAAGGUCCGCCGGUCAGUGGAAAGGAUUUUAACAAUUUGGGAGGAGAGGGGUGUGUAUCCAGAGGAGGUCGUUGCCCAGUUCAAAGCUGGCAUGAACAAAAAGGAAAAGGAGCGAGAGAAGCAGAAGGAAAAGGAGAAGGAGAAGGAAAAAGAAAAGGAGAGGGAGAAGGAAAAGGAGAAAGAGAAAGAGAAAGAAAAAGAAAAGGAGACUCCACCGGCAACUGCCCCAGCCAACACCAAAGCUGCCCUCAAGUCCAAGAUUGUAGCAGAGUUCACACCCCACUCCCUCAUUGAGCAGUUGUCAAGAUAUAAGCGAGCAGUCGCAGAGGAGGAGUUCAGGGAGAAGCAGCUGGCAGCUCUCAGGGUGGAUGUCUGCAGCACGGAGGCUCUUAAGAGGCUUAAAGACAAGGCAGGAGGGAACAAGUUUGCGAAAGACUUUGAGGACGGCAGUCUGAAGUUGCAGGAGUUUGUCGGCUUCAUGGAGAAGGAGUUGAAAACGGGGCCUCCUCUGCUGGAAGCUUUGGGAAACGCGGACAUUUUCUACGAGAUGCAGUACAAGGAGGUUAAGAUUGUGGCCAAUGCUUACAAUGCCUUCGCCAACCGUGUGGCCAGUCUUAAAAGGAAAUUGGAUUCCCUCAAGUCGACUCUACCUGGACCCGAGGACUCUCCCAUCCCCUCACCCUCUGAAGAUGCCCCCUCUCCCACUGGCUCUGACUCACCCUUCCUGGGACUGGGGUCUAGCAGAGCCCAGGUGGAUCCAGAGCUGGAUGGCAAGGCCAUGGAUGAAGGAGAAAUCCCCAAUGACAACCGAGACAUGGAGGACAUGGAUAUGUCUGAUGAAGAGGCUGCCACUGCCACAGCAGGGGCAGGUGACAAGAAGGACAAGACAUCCACUGCUGUCGCCAAGUCAGAUGCAGCAUCGAAGUUUCCCACCACGCCUAUGAAAGCGUCUAAGACCAAUGCUACUGCUGCUGCCACGGCAACCCCAGUGACUCCCACAUCUGCUGCAGCUCAAAGCAUCCAAACAACCGCCUUGGGAAUGAAUCUCGAGAAGGUUGACCUGGGAAAGAUCAGUUCCAUUCUCAGCUCGCUCACAUCUGCCAUGAAGAAUACAGCAGCUAGCCCAUCACCUCGUCCGUCUCCAGGAACACCCACCACUCCUUCGGGCCAAUCAGCAGCUUCCAAAGCGACCUCUUCAAGCCCUCACUUGGCCAGCAUCUUGUCACGUGUUGACAUCACACCAGAAGGCAUACUCAAUGCUCUGUCUAAAACAAACACACCAGGUUUGUCCUCUCUCCUGCAAAGUGUGACAAACACCACUUCUGCCCCCGCCGCCCGAACCUCCCCAGAAUCCUCAGCAGUUAAAACCCUGCUCAGCCCAACCACCUCAAAAACAAAACCCACUCUGGGAAACAGCCUCAAACGAGACACACCUGGGAGAACCAGAGAUUGGGAUAAAGUGAGACGGCUGUCCCCUCCUCCUCCACCCCCUCCUCGUCCCUCAGCUCCUUCUAUCUCUGCCCCUAGCCUAGAAUCAAAAAUCAACAGUUUCCUGCAGGGUAAUCCAGGUUUUAGUCUCGCUCUAGGUGACGUCAGUCCCGAUGCGGUGGAUGGGACCCCAGUGAGAGACGAGGCUGCUGGCACUCCCACCCAGGACGAGAUCAUGGACACACCUGGGAGCGUGGCAGAUUCUUUAGGGUCAUCUGGAAGUCAUAACCUCUCACCCACAGCCUACCGCAGCGAACCCUGGGAUGCUGUGAUCACCCCGUCAGGAAGCAACAGCAAUGGAGACUUUCUGAGCUCUUCCUCCACUUCCCGGUAUGGAGCUGGAAAAAAGAGCGGCACUAAAUUAAAGGACGAGGAAAUGAAUGUGAGGAAGCAGGUCUCCUCUUCCCCCAGUAAUGAUAUGAAGGGUAAGAAAGAUGGACAGCACGGCCAGUCAAGGAUGAUGGGAAACAACAGAGGGAUUGGAGAAAGGAGACUGUCUGCAGGCUCUCGUAAGGCCAGCAGCGGCUCAGAUGAUGGAGGUCUGAGUGGAAAGAGAGAGGGGAAAGGUCAAGAGUCUCCAGCUGGGGACGGGAAGGAGGGCCAGUACCAUCGUAUUGAGACACUAGUGUCGCCGUGCACUGAAGGGGCACCCAUCCAAACUCUAGGCUACUCAAACCGCCCACUCGCUGGAGAGCGCAUCAAGACGGUAGAGAGCAUCCGCGUGAUUGGCCGAGGUUCUCGGCGAGGGGGAGGGGCCGGCGGUCGGCCAGGGGGAGCGAUGUGGUACGAAGAGGAGGAAUACAUGGAAGCUCAGCCUCCCUCACCCCACGCUGUCCCUCCUCCUCUUAACAUGGGCAAUGAGGACAUGAUCCCCUCCAUGCCUCCUCCUCCUAUCCCACACCUCCUCCUUCCACAUCUCCACCCUCCUCCGUCCCAUCCUCACACACAUCCUCCGUUCCAAAUGUCCUACCACACGGAGAACUUGCAGACUCCUCCCCCAUCACUCCUCCACCAGCAUCUUCCUCCUUCAUCCCAUUUCUUCGGCCCGCCUCCGCCGAUCCCUCGACCCCCUCCGCCUCCACCUAACCACCAUGCUGUGCCCUCUGCAGUCAUGGUGGGGGGAGUGCUGGUCCCUGUUGACCGUCCCCUUUCUCUUCCUCUCCAAGGCAGACCUGAAGGUGUAGAGCGAGGCGGAGUGGGGCCCAGAGGAAGCAAAAUGGCCCCUCCACCCCUCAUGUCUUUGCUAGGCGAGCCCCCUAAGAUGCCCCGUCCUGGCACAGUUAAAGAGCCUUUUGGACCCCACCAUGCACCCCCUCUCCUCCGCCCAGGUACACCUGGUGUUCCUCUACCCUUACUGGGAAGAGUGAAGGAGCCUCUGAAUCUACCUCUUCCGCCCCCUUCUCCCACGUCCUCUGCACCCUCUCCCUCCACGCCUAAUUCCCCUGCCGAUCUCCCCGCUCGCCUCCCUGCUCAGUCCGCUGCCCCUUCUCACCAGAAGCCCCCCACUAGUCCUCCAGCUCAGCCCCGCAACCAAACCUCUAAACCCGUUCCCCUCCUCAACUUGCCGAGUUCUCGACCCCCGAUGCUCUCAGGCCCCAUCUCACAGAGACCUCUGCUGCGAGGCCCAACCCCCGCUCAGCAGUUUAACCAAGAUCGCCCCAUGGGGGGAUAUCGUGGGGGCAAGCGGCACGGUCCUCGAUUCACAGGCGGGCCCUUCCAUUCGCAGAAGAGACCCUACCUACCCCCACGCUACUGAAGAGCUCAUCUAACACAUGCUGAAUGAGAAGUGCAAGCGCCCUGCACCGAAGUGCAGAGUGUGUGUUAGCCCUGCUGGUAUGAGCCCAGUUAUCUUUACUCUGUUAAUUAGCUCGAAUUAAAACUACCUUAGGUUGUGUGUAAAUAGCUGAUUGAAUCUUCAUGCUUCAGCUCGGUAGCCAACCAGUCAUCUUACACUGUACAGUGCAGCUAUGAGGUUAUCAGUUACAUAGUGCAGAGUGUUGUGUAACAACCUUUUUUUUCCAAUUUCUACAGCCUCUUCUCUAACCUUAGGAAGAAAACACAGAUAGUUCAAGCAGAAAUGAAGUAAUACUUUAUUUAGAGUUUGCAUACCUGUGUGAUUGUUGGGUUACUUUACCUGAGAGAGAGCAGGAGAGUGAAAGAGAGGAAUGGGUCUCACAGGAUACAGAGGAAAGAAAUUGAAAGCAGUAGUUCGGCAUCUUGGGAAAUAAGCUUAUUUGCUUUCUUACUGAGUGUUUGAUGAGAAUAUCGAUACCAGUCUCACAUAUGUGCGCUAAAUAUGAA